GUCUUCUGCAGCCUUGUCACUGUCCCUGGCCACCACCCCGAACGUAAUCCCUUUUCCAAACACUUUCGCGGAUUUGUGAUUGACCACAGAAUCUAGGCUGUGAAAAACUAGCAUGAUGUCUCUCAAGCGCAAAGCUACCGACGUCGCAUCGACAGAAGUCAAAAAGGUGAAGCAAGCGGGCAUUACUUCUUUCUUUGGGCAACCGAAGGCCGUCGGAAUUGCGAGUGCUAGUUCCGCACCUAAUGGAGUCCAUACCUCGACAGCAAUGCCCAAAUUUGACAAAGCUGCGUGGGUUGCGAAGCUCUCGGAGGAGCAGAAAGACCUUCUGAAGCUGGAGAUCGACACCCUUCAUGAGUCUUGGCUCGCCCAUUUGAAGGAUGAGAUCACGACACCAGAGUUUUUAAACCUGAAGCGAUUCCUGAAGCAGGAGAUCGCUAGCGGAAAGAAAAUAUUUCCUCCUCAGGAAGAUAUAUACUCCUGGUCUCGACAUACACCACUCAACACAGUCAAGGCGGUCAUUAUAGGCCAAGAUCCAUACCAUAAUCACAACCAGGCACAUGGGCUCUGUUUUUCCGUUCGCCCUCCAACUCCCGCUCCCCCCUCGUUAAAAAAUAUUUAUAUAGCGCUCAAAAAGGAUUACCCUGACUUCGAGCCACCACCGAAGAAUGGGGGUCUUCUGACGCCAUGGGCCGACCGUGGUGUCCUGUUACUCAAUACUUGCCUAACUGUACGGGCCCAUGAGGCCAACAGUCAUUCAGGCAAAGGUUGGGAGCGUCUAACACAGAAAGUCAUUGAUUUGGUUGCGCAGAAAAGGACUGGCGGUGUAGUAUUUCUUGCUUGGGGAAGUCCCGCACAGAAAAGAUGCAGCGGUGUGAAUGGCACGCGUCAUCUGGUUCUCAAGAGCGUACAUCCAAGUCCGUUAAGCGCUUCUAGGGGCUGGUUCGACUGUGGUCAUUUUAAAAAAGCUAAUGAGUGGCUCGAGCAGCGUUACGGCAAGGAAGGGAUUAUCGACUGGAAUCUCAAUGUACCACCUGAGAAGGCUGGUAUUUGAGAGCAUCUCGUGGCCUCACAGACAGGCACAGGCGUUUAGGAGUAUCAAACAAUUGGUCGGAAUUCUAGUUCUGACCUUAAAGAGGACGGUGUUGAUGGUUCAAGGGCAUUUGCAACAAAUUUCUAUCAUGCGGCGUCAGUAGUCAGGACUUUUUCAGUAAGUUUGCUGUGGAGCAAAAAAUUGUAUUUCUCCGUUCUAUUCAAUACCAGAAAAUCAUGUAUUACGCCCUGUAAACACCCCAAAUUUUUCUGGUGCUGUUCGACUGUGUCAAUCGAACUCCAAGACCUUAUCAAAGGCGUGACUGGGGCUGAAUAAGAUUGCUUGUUUUCCGUAAUAUCUCCUCAGCGUCCUUCUCGAUCGUUCUG